ACAUUGACGUGCGGCAUAGCGCUCCAGUCGCUCCGUGCGUGACCUGUCGAGACUUCAACUGUUCUCGUUUCGUCACAAGAGAAUUUCAGGAGUGAAACAGUUGCUUAAUACUGUCCAUUUGCUGCAGGCGCAGGGUGUACGCAAACUUUAGCGAUAUGGAAUCUAUGCCACCCGAUGCUUUCGAUUCUCAUCCGACAAGCCCAUAUGCGGGACAAUUACACGGUGCAGGGAACCCCGACUUAGAGAGUAUAAACGGAGCUGCGGCUACUGCGGUACCGUUCGUGAAGGUUGAUGAUCCACCUAAGUUUGAAUUGGAGUCUUACAUUGCAAAUUAUACGGGCCGAACCAAGUUCAAUCGCCUGUUUCUAAUAGGCACGUGCUCCACAUAUCUCUCCAACGAGGCACUGAAGGCUGCGAUUAUCGAAGCCAAAUCAAGCAAAGAUGUUUCCCGAUACGAACGCACAGUCCGUGCACUCGCCGACAUUGCGCCAUAUGAGCCUGAAGCUACACUAGACAAGGAGUGGGUAGAUCGUACACGGAAGGUCGUCAAGGCGGAGACCGAUCGGUUAGAGCAUGAACUGAGAGGGUAUAAGAACAACCUUAUUAAAGAGAGUAUAAGAAUGGGCAACGAAGACCUCGGACAGCACUACCAUCAAAUUGGUGACUUAGUGUCAGCUUCGAAGGCUUACUCUCGCAUGAGAGAUUACUGUACGACUCCGAGCCAUAUCGCCUCAAUGUUGUUCAAAAUCAUAAAUGUAGCCAUCGAGCGUGGGGAUUGGCUGAGUGUCCAGUCUCAUGUGCAAAGGCUACGCAACCUACAAUCUAAACAAGAGGAACAGGCUAAGAACCAGCCGAAGAUGUCAGCUGCGAUGGGUUUGUCCCAGUUGCACUCUGGCGCGUAUCUAGACGCUGCCAAUAGUUUCUUGAGCACAGACCCGACUCUAGGUGACUCGUACAACGAAGUGCUCACGUCUAACGAUGUUGCCGUUUAUGGUGGACUUUGCGCGCUUGCAUCCAUGGAUCGCAAUGAGCUUCAGCGGCGUGUACUAGACAAUAGUUCAUUCCGCAAUUUCCUCGAGCUGGAACCCCAUAUCCGCCGGGCGAUCUCUUUCUUCUGCAACUCCAAAUUCCGGCCAUGUCUGGAUAUCCUGGAAUCCUACCAAACCGAUUACCUUUUAGACGUCCAUUUGCAACGUCAUGUCAGCACACUCUUCACUCGCAUUCGAACUAAGUCCAUCCAGCAGUAUCUGGUUCCUUUCAGCCGUGUUACCCUCGACUCUAUGUCCAAGAUCUUCGCUCCUGCAGCUACCAGCGAGCCGGCUCAGCCUAUCCACUCGAAGUCUCCGUUUGUACAAGAGUUGAUCGGUCUCAUUCAAGACGGAACGCUGGACUCUCGGAUCGACCUGGAAAAGAUGGUCCUGGUAUCCAAUCAGACCGACCAACGGACAGAAGUGCAGGAAGCCGUGCUGGAGAGUUUAUCCAGUUAUAUUGAUGAGGCACAUAUAAGAUUACUGCGGACUAAUAUCAUCCGUGCAGGACUGGAAGUCCGCCCAUUAAGCGAUGAGCAGCGCAAACAGGGGCACGGGCCGAAGCAUUCACGACCGCCAACGGGGAUGUUCCAAUGAACUAAGAAGUGAGGGAGGGUAUUACGGAGAUAGCCAGCUAUGAACUGAAUUAUGACUAGAGGCACGGUAGAAAAUCAAAUAGUUUACGAAUCAUUGUGUUCUUUCCGGAUGAAAAUGCCUUCCGUGCAACUGGUCAACUGAGUU